CGUGCCGAGAUAUAUCGUUACCAAGGAGCUGUCUCUCCUCACUGAACGCUAUUUUCCUAUCUCUAAUAUUAUUCAGAUAUUGUAUCUCCUGGCGUUAUUGAAAUUGAAUAUUUUCAUAGGUGCUUCUUAUUGUUCAGGGAAUAAUACAAUAACUCUCCUUUGAAUAGAUACAUCUUUCUAUUUCACAGAUAAUUUGGAUUUUUAAGUCAACUGUGUGUAAAGGAUGGCGGAGAAUAAUUGUGAGGAUUCGGAAAGGACAGUUGUGCUGUGCGUCGACAAUAGCCCGCAGGCAGAAUGGGCUUUCAACUGGUACGUGAAGAACUUUCACAGACCAGAGAACAAAGUGAUAGCUGUACAUUGCCCGGAAACUUUCACAAAUGUCACAAUGAUGAGUCCUGGACGAGUCAGCGAGCUGAUAAAGGAGUGCAAUGAAAAACUAGAUUCACUGAAAACCAAGUUCGUGUCCAGAAUGACAGAUUCCGGCAUGAAUGGUGAAUUUAAAGCCAUUGGUUUAGAGGGCGAUAUGAAGCCAGGACAAGCCAUUGUAGAUUUUGCAGAAAAGUCAAAGGCCUGCUUUAUAGUCACCGGGACCAGGGGUAUGGGCAAAUUCCGGCGGACUGUAAUGGGAAGCGUUAGCGACUACAUUGUACAUCAUUCACCAUGUCCAGUCCUCGUGUGUAGGCAAAAGGACCAAAAAGAACAGAAAGAAAAGGAGAAAGAAAAGGAGAAAUAAUCAAUAAUAUAUAUAUAUUUAUAGAAAUAAGUACUGAAAACGACCAAAUUUACAAUAGUUCGAAAAUGUUUCUUAUCGUUGUGUAAUAAGGGAAUUCGUCUUUUGUCUGAAACAAUGUUUGGCUUACAUUUUGUCGCUUAGCAUAAUGUUAAUCAGUAUAUAAACAGUAAGCCUGGUUACAUAUCAAAACAAGUGGUAAAACACCAAUUACAUAGUCAUAGAAUGGAAAAUAAAUACACGAUGCGCAUUAUUGAUAUUGAAUGGGUCUGGUUUUGUGGUGCAAUGUUUACAAUCAUAGUGUUGUUAAAAUGUUAAAUAUAAAUGGACUGAAUUUAUUUAGUAUAGCAGUAAACUGUAGGACAAAUAGUUUAUUAACCAAACAAAAGGAACAACUCGAAAUCUCCGCAUGCUCAUGAGAGUCAUAUAUCAUAUAGUGUUGUUAAAUUGUACGCAGUAUGUAUGUAAAUCGUUGUAAAUAUCGUGAUUAAAUGGUAGAAAAUUA